AAACCGCAGUGUAACCUGAUCCAGCUCACACAUCGCAAAUGAGCAAACCCACACACACACACACACACAAACACACACCACCUGUCAGGAGACUCAGUCCGCAUAACCACAGACUAUUGAGCUGGAGGACACACACAGUCUGAGGAAAGUUUGCCUGCAACACAAGUAGCGUAGGCCCAUCACUGGACCCGCUCUGCUCUGCUCUGAGACCAGCUGCAAGGUAAACAACACAUCUGAGCAAGAUUCCAAGCAUUGUCAAUCAUCUGCAUUGGUGGGUGAAGCAGAAACUUUAAAAAACGAAGCACAAAAAGAAGCUGUCGUCAAAUCAAAUCAAUGAUGGUUUUGAAAAAGCUUCUGCGUUUCGGGAAGCAGCUGCUGAGAGUGAAGGUUGUCGACUGCAACUCGGAGGAAUCGCGACUCUCCCGAUGUCUGAACACCUUCGACCUGGUGGCUCUUGGUGUGGGCAGCACCUUGGGAGCUGGGGUGUAUGUCCUCGCUGGAGCUGUAGCACGAGAAAAUGCAGGACCAGCCAUCGUGCUGUCGUUCCUCAUUGCAGCCCUGGCCUCAGUGCUCGCGGGCCUCUGUUAUGCAGAGUUUGGAGCAAGAGUGCCAAAAACGGGCUCAGCGUACCUGUACAGCUAUGUGACUGUAGGGGAGCUAUGGGCCUUUAUAACUGGCUGGAACCUUAUACUUUCAUACGUUAUAGGUACAUCAAGUGUUGCCAGAGCUUGGAGUGCCACAUUUGAUGAGCUGAUUGGAAAACAAAUUGAGCAUUUUUGUCGACAAUACAUGUCUAUGAAUGCUCCGGGCAUUCUGGCGGAGUACCCAGAUAUGUUUUCUGUAUUCAUCAUCCUCACUCUAACAGCCCUUCUGGCCUUCGGGGUGAAGGAGUCAGCCAUGGUCACCAAAGUGUUCACCUGCAUCAACAUCCUGGUACUGUUGUUCAUGGUUGUAUCUGGACUGGUCAAAGGUACACUGAAGAACUGGCACCUGGACCCUGAUGAGAUUCUUAAUGGAACCAAUUCCACCAUUAACGCCACACAGCCCCUGCCAACAGAAGAGAUUCUGGGUGAAGGUGGGUUCAUGCCUUUCGGCUUCACUGGAGUCUUAUCAGGGGCCGCUACCUGCUUUUACGCCUUUGUUGGGUUCGACUGUAUCGCAACUACAGGUGAGGAGGUGAAGAACCCUCAGAGAGCCAUUCCCAUUGGCAUCGUCUCCUCCCUCCUGAUCUGUUUUGUAGCGUACUUUGGUGUAUCGGCCGCCCUCACAUUGAUGAUGCCGUAUUACAUGCUGGAUAAGAACAGCCCUCUUCCCGCGGCCUUUAAGUAUGUCGGUUGGGAAGGAGCCACGUACGCUGUGGCGGUAGGCUCCCUUUGCGCCCUGUCCACCAGCCUGCUUGGCGCCAUGUUCCCCAUGCCCCGUGUCAUCUGGGCCAUGGCUGACGAUGGCCUGCUCUUCAAAUUCAUGACUGGGAUCAACAAGAGAACAAAAACUCCCAUGCGCGCCACUAUAACAGCAGGCUUUGUCGCAGCAAUUAUGGCUUUCCUGUUUGACCUGAAGGACUUGGUUGAUCUGAUGUCUAUAGGAACUCUUUUGGCCUACACACUGGUCGCUGCCUGUGUUCUAGUACUAAGGUACCAGCCCGAGCAGUUUUCUCCAACAUAUCACAUGGCCAACACACAGGAAGAGAUAGAAAUGAGUGAGACCAUCAGUACACCCAGCAUGGGGAUUCUUCCUGGCAUAGAAGAGCGUUUCAGCUUCAAAACGCUGAUCUUCCCUGACAUCACUGAACCCUCCAACCUCUCAGGCUUCGCUGUUAACGUCUGUGUGAGCCUGCUUGGACUGCUGAUCUUCAGUUUCAGUCUGAUGGCCGUCCUGGGCGGAAGUGCAAUGUGGAAUAUUGCCGCUCUUGGUGUCUUGUUCAGCAUGUCUGUCAUUGUCACGUUUAUCAUCUGGAGACAACCACAGAGUAAAACCAAGCUCUCUUUUAAGGUUCCUUUACUUCCAUUCAUCCCGGUGGUCAGCAUGUUUGUCAACGUGUACCUGAUGAUGCAGCUGGACAGGGGAACCUGGAUCCGAUUCGCCAUCUGGAUGUCUAUAGGACUCGUAAUCUACUUUGGCUAUGGAAUCUGGCACAGCACUGAAGCCUCACUGGCCCAUUCCAGUAUGGACGAGGAACUGAGUGUGUACAAACCCAGCCGCAGCCUAAACAGGGACAGUGUGACCCCGGAAAAGGAGGCUUUCCUCUGUAACGGAUCACGGGGUGAUGUGGACGGAGAUCUCUAAUCUGGAACAGUGUUACAUUAUUUACUCAAACUUUACAUGAUAGCACACCGCCGGGAGGUUGUGAGGAGCACAGGCCGUUGAAAUCGAAUCAGAUGGAGCUCUAUGACCCAUUUAACAAUAUCACUUCCUUGUCAAGAAGUCUUAGAGCUUCAAGUGCGCACUACAUGGGUGGAAGUAUUUGAGUAUUCUCACAACUCUUUCGUUUCCUACUUUAGAAAUCUUGAAGAAACCAAAACAGGCACAGGACCUUUUACUGGGUGGUUGUAGAGUAAAAAAAAAAAAUCAAUGUAGGUAUCUGUGAUCUGCAGUAUUUAAUGUUGACAGCUGCUUUUAUCGAAUGAUCUGACCGAACUUGUGCCUUUUGUCUUACUAUUGCAAUUGAAACGCAAUCAGAGUUGCUUGAUCUAAAUCUUGGAUGUCAGUGUUUAGGGUUUUACGUAUCUGAACAUGCCUUUACAAAGGAAGAAAUCAAAUCGUGCUUGGCUUUUCUGCUGAAUUUGUGGAAACCUUUUCUGGCUGGUUUGAACUGCCCGGAUCUGGAAUUUGUAGGUUUUUGCUGGUCCACCUAGAUUAGACCUUCAUAUAGUACUGCCACCUGGUGGUGUGGGAGGGCAGUCACCGGGUUAGUUGCUUUUAUCUGUCACAGUGCUGGCUACUGUGUCCUUUAUGCAGAUGGAGUCUGCCUCUUCUUUGCUUCUUAAUGUUGCAUAAGCAGGCUUUUUUUUUAGGAUAUUUGGAGAGAAGUUGAUAAAUAGGGGUAUGUUUAGGUCAUUUAAAGUGUUAGGACAUUAAUCAUUGUGAUACACCAUUGUCUUUAUGUCAGUAAAAAUAUUUUACCAAUUAAAAAUUCAUGUCUAGGUAUUCUACCAAAGAUUCGAAUAAUAUAAAAAGAGUAAAAGAUGUUCCUUAUUUUCACUAAGGCUUCAUUUAUUUAAUAUAGCAAAACACUAAUACUGUGAAAUAUUAUUGCAAUUCAAAAUAACGGUUUCUGUUAUAAAAUGUAAGUUAUUUCUGUGAUGGCAAAGCUGAAUUUUCAGCAGCCAGUGCACCAUUCUUCAGAAAUCCUUCUUACAUUACCAGUGUACAAAACAGCUGUUUAGCUUUUCUUUCUUUUUUUCAGGGUGAUUUGAUUAAUAGAAUUUUAAAUGGAAUAGCAUUUUUUAUAUAUAAUUCUUAUUGUAACAUUAUAAACAAUUUUGAUUAGAUUAAUGCAUCCAUAUUAAUAUUAAUAAUAAUAAUAAUAAUAAUAAUCAAAUGUUUUAAAUCCCUAAACAUUUAAAUAGUAGUGUAGGUCUGUACUUAAACUACUCAAAGUUAGAUUUUAUUAGUCAAAUAUUGCUUUUUUUGUCUUCUGAUAAUGGCCUUUGAGUUAUCGCCAUCAUAAAUUGAUGAUAAUAUAGAGGUAGGAAAGCUGAUGAGUAUAAUCUUGGCUAUGUUAAAUGUUAAAAACUUGUCAUUAUUGCAUAAUGGGCAUCACAAAUGUUUAGAAUUAAAUAUAAAUACUUCUUCGUGCAUCCCAGACUUUUUUCAGGAGCAUGAUUGCCAUCUGUGAUAACCAUGCAGAUGUUUUCAACAUCAUCCAAUCUGACCUCAGGAGCAUUUAGUCUAGAAUGUACAUUAUGAAUUUCUGUUAAGAAUACAUACAUUAAUAUGUUCUAGUUAAACAUCUUCAUAUAUUCUAACCUGCUGAAGCAAUAAACUGAUGCAGGCUAGAUACUCCUCAAUCAAUAUUCUAGCUUUCUUUGUUUAUAUUCCAUGAAUUAGGCUAAGUGAUUUGUAAAUGACGAAAUAAUGCUCUUUUUAAUGCUCAAAACAGUACUGAGGUCUUGUGCUGAGGCCUUGGUCACAUUUUUGGUUAUAAAGGUUUUAGUAGAUUCAAAUGUUUUCUUAUUUGUGAUUGUGGCCGAGUUGGUGUUUGAGUGUGAAUACAUUUUCAGAUGGCUGUUUUAAACUCUUGAAACUUGUCUGUUAAAAUUUAGAAUGAAGUAACAUACAUAAUAUAUAUUUAUAAUUGUUCAGCUGCUUAAAUAGUUGCAUAACACAUUAAUAAAUAAUAUAAAUAAUAAAUGUGUUAAUGAGGCAGAUAAAAAUAACAGCCAGAUGAUCUAAGAUAUACCCAAUAUUGAAAAAAAAAAACAAAAAAAAACAAUUAAAAUGUGUUUAAGAAUUUUGUUUUUGUCAUUAUGUGUGUUCAUUUUUUGGACCAUUUCAAAUGUGGCGCAUUCAGUAUAGUAAAUGACUGUAUACCUACUUGAUGCUGUAAAUAAAAUUCAUUUUGGAAUUUA